UGGGAAAACCAAACCAUUCUGGUGGAAUUUUUCCUGAAGGGGCUUUCUGGUUACCCAAGGCUUGAGCUACUCUUUUAUGUGCUCAUCUUAAUAAUGUAUGUGGUCAUCCUUCUGGGCAAUGGCACCCUUAUUUUAAUCAGCAUCUUAGACUCCUACCUUCAUACCCCAUGUACUUCCUCCUGGGGAACCUCUCCUUCUUGGACAUCUGCUACACCACCAUCUCCAUUCCUCCCAUGGUAGUGACCUUCCUCUCAGAAAGAAAGACGAUCUCCUUCUCUGGCUGUGCAGCACAGAUGUUCCUUGGCUUGGCCAUGGGGACCACAGAGUGUGUGCUCCUGGGCAUGAUGGCCUUUGACCGGUAUGUGGCUAUCUGCAGCCCUCUGAGAUAUUCUGUCAUCAUGAGCAAGGAUUCCUAUGUGCUCAUGGCAGCUGCAUCCUGGAUCAUAGGAAUUGUCAACUCUGCAGUACAAACUGCACUUGUCAUACAAUUGCCCUUCUGCAGGAAUAAUGUCAUCAAUCAUUUCUCCUGUGAAAUUCUGGCUGUCAUGAAACUGGCCUGUGCUGACAUCUCGGGCAAUGAGUUCAUCAUGCUUGUGGCCACGAGCUUGUUCAUAUUGACACCAUUGUUGUUAAUCAUUAUCUCUUACACAUUAAUUAUUGUCAGCAUCCUUAAAAUUCGCUCUUCUGAGGGGAGAAGCAAAGCCUUCUCUACCUGCUCAGCCCACCUGACUGUGGUGAUAAUAUUCUAUGGAACCAUUCUCUUCAUGUACAUGAAGCCCAAGUCUAAAGAGACCCUUAAGUCAGAUGGCAUGGAUGCUACUGACAAACUUAUAGCCGUGUUCUAUGCAAUUAUCACUCCUAUGAUAAAUCCUUUAAUCUACAGUCUCAGAAACAAGGAUGUGAAGGAAGCAGUAAAACACCUACUGAGAAGAAAUUCUUUUUAUAAUAAAUGGGAAAGGGACAGAUAA